UUCGGAUCAGAUUCUGUCACGUGUACAAGCCAGACACGCACUUUACACACUCCCCUUCGUAAGUUCUUAAUCGACCCUGUAAAACCGAAAGCGCAUUUUUAUUUUUAUUUUCGAUCUCACACAGAAAGGUUUCUUCUUGGUAUGUUGCAGAAAUCAGCCUGUAGAUGAUGCUGCAUGCACUUUCAGUUCACGUAGUUACUAACCAAAGUUCACUUGCAAACCAUGGAGUUCAGAGAGUUAAUCCCCCAGAUUUUGCUUGUCUCAAACAAAACGGACGAUGGCCACAACCAACACAUCGAAUUCCUUUACCAACUGCAGGUUUUGGGAAGUACGUCAUCCAACUUCUUGUGAAACCAAAAGGAAGGUCCAAGAAAAACCUUGUGGUCUUUGCCACUCUACCUGGGAAUGAUGAACCUGAACGAAGCAGUUGGAAACCUUAUAGUCAUGAUGAAAUGCUUAAUUCAAUCUUUCAAGCCUCAGGAAAUGAUCUUAGUCCUGAGGAUUCAGAUAUGGAAUUUGUUGAAUCAGUCAUCGACUCAGAUACAGAGGACCAAAACUGUCUUCUACACCCUAAGCAAGGGACUUUUGGGGAUCCCGUGAAUCAUCAAGGAGAUCUUCUUGACAAACUAAAAGCUUUGCAUUUGCAUGUAUCAGCAAUGGAACAAUGGAACGCUUCUCGACUAAAAAUAUGCCACAAAACUUACUUGGCAAGCGCAACAAACUUAAUACAUUAUCUGGCAUUGCAAUGCCUUGACAUCCACCAACUCAAAGAAGACCUUUCUUCCAUAGGUCUUUUGAAUUUAGAAACCAUCAAUCCGCAUGCUCGUGCAAGUAUCACUGCUGGCAUUCAGAUGUUGGAAAGCCUGACAUCUAAUUCGGUGAAUGCAAUAGAGGAUACUGACCGGACAGCAACUGUAAAGAUGGAUAAGCAGGGCCUUAUAUCUACUCAGGGAGGUUUGGACUGUGAAAGCAAGCAAGAGUUCACCAUAAAUACAUUGAGGAGAAUGACAUCUUACCAUGCGGAGUCACUGUUUGGUCCACCUUUGAAUGGGAGAUCUUCCCACAUUAUGGUAACUGUUGGUCGUGAAGCAAUUCACAGGGAAACACUUAUAAGCGAUCUUCUCAAGGCAGGGGCGAAUGUAUUCCGAAUUAACUGUGCUCAUGAUGGCCCCAGUGUUUGGAGUGAGAUCAUCGGGCAUGUAAAGAGCAGCUCCCAGAUGCUGGAAAAGUCAUGUCGCAUUCUCAUGGAUUUAGCUGGACCAAAGCUGAGGACUGGUAUAUUGAAGGCGGGUCCGAAUGUGAUAAAAAUAUCUCCGCAGGAGGAUUCUGUAGGAGAUGUGAUCUUCCCUGCUCAGGUUUGGUUGUCUUAUGAAGGGUGUAAUCCCCCUCCUCACUUAUCACCUGAUGCAAUCCUGUUGUUAGAUGAUCAAUGGUAUCUAGGCCAGCUAGAGGCGGGUUGUGUUGUGAGAUUUUCUGAUGUUAGAGGAAGAAAGAGGGCGCUGAAGAUCUCUCAAAAGUUUCAAGUUUUUGGUGGUUUUGGUUUCAUGGCUAACUGUUCGAGGACUGCUUAUGUCGGGUUGGGAACGGAAUUGUAUAUCAAGGGGAAGAAGAGGAACAUUUCACUCGGACAAGUAGUGAGUGUUCCCGCCGUAGAACAGUUUAUUCGGCUGAAAGUAGGAGACUUGCUAACCAUAUCCAGAGACCCUUGUCUAUCUUCAAAUGAAGUGGAUAACUCUGCAAUGGGUGCUCCUCGGAUAACAUGUUCCUCUGGCCGUCUUUUUGACUCCGUUAAACCUGGCGAGCCUAUUGCAUUCGAUGAUGGGAGGAUUUGGGGAGUUAUUCAAGGAGUGAGCCUCUCGGAAAUUAUUGUUUCUAUAACUCGUGCCAGUCCAAAAGGUUCUAAACUCGGUUCGGAGAAAUCCAUCAAUAUUCCCAGGAGUGAGAUGCAGUUUGAAGGCCUCACUUCGAAGGAUCUCAUGGAUCUUGAUUUUGUUGCUGCUAAUGCUGACAUGGUAGGCAUUUCAUUCAUUAGAGAUGUCCGCGAUGUUGUCAUUGUCCAGCGAGAAUUGGAGAAGCGGAAUCUUCGGAAAUUGGGGAUCGUGCUAAAAAUCGAGACUCAGAGUGGGUUUGAGAAGCUCCCUCUCUUAUUAAUGCAGGCGAUGCAGUUGCCAAAUCCAUUGGGUGUCAUGAUUGCCAGAGGAGACCUUGCAGUUGAAUGUGGAUGGGAUAGGCUGGCUGAUAUGCAGGAAGAGAUUCUUUCCAUUUGUAGCGCUGCACACGUUCCGGUCAUUUGGGCAACACAGGUUCUAGAGUCGCUUGUUAAAUCAGGAUUGCCUACUAGAGCUGAGAUUACGGAUGUGGCCAAUGGAAUGAGGGCAAGCUGCAUCAUGCUGAACAAAGGGAAGCAUAUCGUGGAAGCUGUUUCGACCUUGGACUCGAUUGCCCAAAGCUGCAGUUCCAGAAGGAAGAAAAUGAAGCCAGAACUAAAGCCACUUGUACCCUCUAGCAAUCUAAAUCCAUAAAAUCCUCUUCUUGUCUUUUUUGUAGUUAACCCUGUUUCCUUGUACAGUAGUUAGUUUCUUCAUCUGGUUGUCUGCCCCAUAGCAGAGCUCCCUGUUGCUGCUGAUAUCUGCUUCUGUUGUUCGCAUGUCAGUUAAUUGUGUUUGAUGCCAUCCGUUUCUGGAAUUAUGAGAGUUUUCAAUUUUCCUUCCGUUCCAUUA